GUCAGCAAGUUGACUCUGCUGGACCCGUCUGACGCUUCUAUUGCGGAGCAGCUUCUUGUAUGCUGGAGAUGUCAGGUAUUUGCUGCGGCCUGCUGCUUCAUUUGCCAGGUGCUCCUCGCAGGCUUCAGCCUAGCAUCGCUUCUUUUGGCCGUGGGCGGUGAGGAGGCGGCCACGGCCAGGCUUUGGCCAUACCAGGGUGGAGUCCUACAGGUACUGUCGCAGGUAUCAGCCCUGGGAAGUCUCCAAAACGCCUCGCGGGUGCUUCAGGCUUUCAAAAUCCCGGCGCCUUCUGAGGAGCAUUCUGCAGGUCUGCUGCUGAGGCGACUGAUGCUCACGAUUCUGCACAGCUCGGCCAACGUGGCUGUCAUCGUUGUCUGCGCGCUAGCGAGUUCUCGGACUGAAUCGCCUGGCCCAAGCUAUUCGCUUCUCCUCGCCCAGGGCCUGUUGGCCCAAGGCGCCUUUCUUUUCGGCCUGCCUGAGGCAGUCCGGCUAAUGUCCUCGUCACCUCGGCGCUUCUUUGAGAAGUCACCUGGAUUCGGCACAUAG